AUGGUGAUGGCAGUCCUAAAGAUCAUACUUCGGGGAAGAAAUGACGCUGUGGAAGCUACACAAGAACUGGAUGUUGGCGAAUGCCAAAUGAUAGCAACUACUGUAGAGUUCUGGUGUUGCUUUAGAGUCACCAGAAUAUCAGUCAAGAUGGAAGAGCACAAGAUAGAAAUCGGAUGUAGCCUUAGUUGCAUUACUGCUGAUCGGGGGUUCAGUACGGUCUGCCUUGAUAGUUAUAAACUGAGAACAGCUUAUUUUCAGUAUAGUCAUCAGUAUGGUGAAAGGGAAGAGGAGGUUGUUAAUAGAAGACACAUAUAUACUGCGUAUCGGCCGCUGGCCACAUGGUUUCGAGGUUACCUUGAGAAGGAUGUUCGGAUGGUCCUGCCAUCUUGUGAUGUGGUCAAUUAA